CGAUAGUCUCUUCGGUCCAUCCUCUUCGCCAGCUGCCAUAACGAAACCCCACUGUGCUCAUGGCUCUUUGCGCUGUCUGGUAGACUACAGAGUAUACAGACCUCUCUACAUUAUAGCCUUCACCGUCGGCUCUGCCAACCGAUUUUAAAUUAUACGCAAAGGACUGUCUAAUUUACCGGGCCACGGUGAUUAGAAUUUCGAUGCGCACGACGAUUCCAUGCGCACGAUCAUUCAAAGGGGAGGAUCUGCUCUAACAUUCUGUGUCAAUUUACGGCAUUUACGCUGUCUGUCGCCAUUCUAAGGCUUCAAAGGUUAGGCUUCUCAAUUGACGGUUUCUAAUAUUAUUUUUAGGUCGAAGUAUUGUUUAGGUUUAGUCUAAUCAGAUCUACGGUUACUUGGCUACUAAGCUUUCAAGGAUACGACAACAACACGAGUGGUCUAAGGAUCAUCUGUGUCAACGAGCUGAGGAGAAACCGUAAAAAUGUUCGAGACGAGAGGGAUUCCUUUUAUUCUGCUUGACAUCGCCUGUCUAAUUCUCGCGGGACUGCCCCUGGCAGCCCUUAAAUUGGGCCAAAUCAAGCCCUAUCAGAGGGGCUUUUUCUGUAACGAUGACAGCAUCAGCUACCCCUUCCACCCCAGCACAGUCACCUCCAAUGUGCUCUACGGUGUGGGCUUCACUUUGCCCAUUUGCUCUAUGGUCUUUGGAGAGUGCCUUUCGGUCUAUCUCAAACGCAUCAAAUCAAAGUCCUCUUUCAGCAACAUGUAUGUGGCCCGUGUUUACAAAGCCAUCGGCACAUUCGUGUUCGGGGCAGCCAUGAGCCAAUCGCUCACUGACAUCGCCAAGUAUUCGAUUGGCCGGCUCCGACCCCACUUCCUGGACGUGUGCAAGCCUGACUGGAAGCUGAUCAACUGCACGGCAGGCACCUACAUAGAGGACUUUACCUGCACAGGGGACGCACGCUUGGCCAAUGAGGGCAGGCUGUCUUUCUACUCUGGCCAUUCCUCCUUCUCCAUGUACUGCAUGCUGUUCCUGGCACUGUACAUCCAGGCCAGGCUGCAGGCAGGGUGGGCCAGACUCCUGAGACCAACCCUACAGUUCUUCCUGAUCGCGGCGUCUGUGUACACCGGACUGUCUCGUGUGUCUGACUACAAACACCACUGGAGCGACGUCCUGGUUGGCCUUAUCCAGGGAGUGCUCAUGGCAACACUGGUAGUCUUCUUCGUGUCAGACUUCUUCAAGAAGAAGGUUGAGCCUCAGAAGGAGGAUAUUCCCCACACCACCCUGCAGGAGACACCCACAAACGGAAACCACUACGACAGCAGCCCCAACUAAACUAUAAAGGAGAGGAACCAUCCGGAACCAUACAUGGCGUGUAGCCAGUGGGGAAGUGUUUACUGCAUGCGCAUCAUACCCCACUAAGGGACGGACCACUGGGGUGGACAGAAAGGCUUAAGUACCAAAUGGCCCCCUAUUCCCUAUAUAGCAUAGCCUAUAGGGCUCUGGUCAAAAGUACUGUACUAUGUAGGGAAAUAGGGUGCCAUUUGGAGCGUUGCCAAACCUGUGAAUGUAACCCUGCUUUGUGCAUUUCUGACCUAUGACCUGGAGCCUAGCUCCCUAUUGGACAUUGAGUCACACCCAUGUUGCCUUGGCUGGACUGCUACUAUCAUAGCUUCCUUUGUAUUAUCGUUACUAUCCCAAACAAGACUAAUAUAAAAUGUAUCUGCCAACAAGACUAGUAGAAUAUAUCUGUACCUGACUAUCCCAACAAGACUAAUAUAAUAUAUCUGUACCUGACUAUCCCAACAAGACUAAUAUAAUAUAUCUGUACCUGACUAUCCCAACAAGACUAGUAUAAUAUA